CCAGUGUUACCUGUUAAAAUGAUACGUUCAAAAGUAAUAAAACGCGCUCGAUAUCCCUGUUUAUUUUAUUGACCACUCGCCAGAUGUUUGCGCAUUGUUUUCCAGUGCGCAGUAGUUUCUGUGUCGUGAAAUCGGGAUUCUGUUUUAGUAUAAUAUCUUUUCUGCCAUUUUGAAAAUAGUGGCGUGUAUGGAUUUUGGCCGAGUUCGUCAAUGAACAAAUAUGUCCGGGAGCAAUGAUAAGGUGUCGACUACGCAGCGUAUGAUCCAAAGUGUUGCUUUCCCUCCCAGCCACAAGCUUCUUGUCACCGAAGUUUUUGAUGAAAAAAGUGGAAAACCUUUACCUGACGUUCUCAAGCAACAUUUUAUUCUAGAAGGCCGAAUUGAUGAAAAUGCGGCUUUGCGAAUCAUCCAAGAUGGUGCCACCCUAUUACGUUCUGAAAAAACAAUGAUCGAAAUUGAUUCACCGGUGACUGUGUGCGGAGAUGUCCAUGGCCAAUUUUAUGACUUGAUGAAAUUGUUUGAAGUGGGAGGCUCUCCCUCGUGCACCAAGUAUUUAUUCUUAGGAGACUACGUCGACAGAGGUUACUUCAGUAUAGAAUGUGUUCUUUACCUUUGGGCUUUGAAAUUGUGUUAUCCGAAGACUUUGUUUUUAUUACGUGGUAAUCACGAAUGCCGACAUUUAACUGAAUAUUUUACAUUCAAACAAGAAUGCAAAAUUAAAUAUUCUGAAAAAGUGUACGACGCGUGUAUGGAUGCUUUCGAUUGCUUACCACUCGCUGCUCUCAUGAACCAGCAGUUCCUCUGUGUGCAUGGCGGCCUGUCCCCCGAGAUCAACAGCUUAGAUGAUAUCCGCAAACUAGAUAGAUUCAAAGAACCACCUGCGUUCGGAGCCAUGUGUGACCUGCUGUGGUCUGAUCCUUUGGAGGACUUUGGCAAUGAAAAAAAUGCUGAACAUUUCUCACACAAUUCUGUCAGAGGAUGUUCUUAUUUCUACAGCUAUGCUGCUUGCUGUGACUUCUUACAGAGAAACAACUUGUUAUCUAUUAUACGUGCUCAUGAAGCUCAAGAUGCUGGCUAUCGAAUGUAUCGCAAAAGUCAAACAACUGGCUUCCCGAGUCUCAUUACAAUUUUCUCUGCACCCAACUACUUGGAUGUCUACAAUAACAAGGCCGCAGUACUGAAAUAUGAGAAUAAUGUCAUGAACAUCAGGCAAUUCAAUUGCUCUCCGCACCCUUACUGGCUGCCCAACUUCAUGGAUGUGUUCACCUGGUCUCUACCAUUUGUGGGUGAAAAGGUGACAGAAAUGUUGGUAAAUGUGUUAAAUAUUUGCUCUGAUGAUGAACUGAUGUCAGAGGGAGACGAUGCUCUAGAGGAGGCAAAUCUCAGGAAAGAAGUUAUACGUAACAAAAUCAGAGCAAUUGGGAAGAUGGCGCAUGUGUUCUCAGUGCUUCGUGAAGAAAGUGAAUCUGUACUUCAGCUGAAAGGUCUCACCCCCACAGGUGCUUUACCUCUGGGAGCACUAUCAGGUGGAAAAACAUCCCUUAAAAAUGCUCUUCAAGGAUUUUCACCAAAUCACAAAAUCACGUCAUUUGCUGAAGCGAAAGGCCUGGAUGCCAUCAACGAGCGGAUGCCUCCUCGCCGGGACGGGCAGCGCACCCCGGAUGCUCAGGACAAGAAGCCUCACGUCAACAGCAACGCCCACUCGUGAAGUGCUCGCCGGUAUUUCUCUUCAGUCCUCAUUCUUUGGCCCACAAUUAGUGAGAGUGAAAUAUGUGUGACGGAGACUCAGGUUUUGGGAAUGAUAUUUCACGAUUGUAAUAACUAGGUGGAUUUGAAGGGAAUUGUCUUUAUAGAUACUAAAUAUUAUUAAAGUUGGAUUUCACUUUUUUUCAAUAGUUAAAAUUAAAAUUUCUCUUAAGAUAUUACCUCUCGAUAUUUAAAAUAAUUAUUAUCAGAUCUGCAGGCAACAAAUUUAUUUAGUCAAUUAAAUAUUAAGAUAUGCACAUUUAUUUAUAAUGCGCUGCACUGUUUAAUUUUUGGUAAUGUAAUUUUAAAUUUUUCAUAUGAAAAGACAUGAUAUUGUAAUGUAAAUUUAUUCAGAUUGUCUACUUAUUAUACUCUACAUUGUUACCUACAUUAGUGAAAAUUAGACAUGUCUAUAAUUUUCAAAGCAUAAUUAGCUGUGAUAUUAAGCGUUGAUCAAUGUAUUAUUUAAUAGCGAUCUGCUAGUGAGUACCGGCAUGUUCAUUGGCUAAUCAUGCAUUGAAAUAUGUAAAAUAAGUGGUGGACUUCUCAGCUUGGGCGUGUCUUUAUAUUCUAUUAAGUAAUAAAAUUAAUUAUGUACUAUAGUGUGCAGCACAUGGUGAGGUAUUGCCAUGCGUGUGUGCCGUGUAAAUAUGCCUUGUGCGUACACACACGUUAUUGCAGCUUUAACACUUGAGAUAAAUAUUAUUCUCUUUAAUAUCUUUGCUACAAGUUGUACUUAAUUGUAUUUUAUUGUACAAAAUAUAUUAAAUUACUAUCUAUGAACUAUACUUAAAAUUAAUUUAUAUUUGGGUGUAUGCUGGCCCCUUGUUGCCUGCAUGCAGCUAAACUUGUAUGCUGGAACAUAACAUUCAUGUUCAUAAUGUUUCCGUAUAUGAGAAGUAGAGGCUAGUCUAAUUGCAGAUUUUCUUACAGCUUCUAUUCCAAAUUUCACUUAUAUAAUUAUUAAGGUUUAAUGACCUAUGCACUGUUGGAAAAUCUCUUUUGGUCUGCCAAAUAAUAAUAAUAAUUAAUAUAAUCAAUGCAAUAAGUUCAUUGUGAAUACUAAAAGUGGCUUACAUCAUUUUUCAAAGUCAGUUCUAAGUAUUUUAUCUCAAUCAGUGUGUAGUCCUUCAUAUGUUCUGUACUUUUAAUAAAACCUAUGUAAAAAAAACUAACAAUAUAUUUAAUUUUAUUUUAUACUAACCACGGGAUGUGUUGUUUUAUCCUUAUAAAAUAUAUUAACAUUGAGCUCUA